GCUGUGGGGCCUGGUGUGGCCGCACUCCCCCGUCCGAGGACCCCAGGAUCAUGUGCGUGACCCGCUGGCGGGAGUGAGGGCGGGUGAGACCCCGAGAGGCCUAUGGGGCCCCCCAGGUCUGUGCUCUGGGCGCUCCUGCUGGUGCUGCUGGGGACCGCGCCAGGCCGGGCUCGGCCCCGCUCCUGCAGCGUCCCCGACGUGCUCCGCCACUAUCGCGCGGUCAUCUUCGAGGACCUGCAGGCCGCCAUGAGGCGGGUCGGGCCGGGGCCCACAGGGAUCUCGCCAGGCUCUAGACACCUGCACUUCGUCCGGAAAGACCUGACAGGAGCCGGGGGCUCAGGGCGGCAGGAACGGCCUGGGGUCUCCUGCGGCGCCCAGAAGGAGCACAGUAUCCUCCUGUCCAUCGCGUCCCUGGGUCGGACCCUGCGCGGGGCGGCGGCCGGGGGCCGCCGCGGGGCCCUGGAGAAAGCAGCCUGGACCGUGGCUGUGCGCACCGAGGCGGUGAUGCGGCGCCACUGCAGGACGCUGCGCCAGCGGAUCCGGCGGCUGGAGACGCGCCCGGCCCGGCGUCGCGGCGGCCAAAGGCAGCUCCUGCUGCGCGCCCUGGACGCCGUCGCCACCUGCUGGGAGAAGCUUUUCGCGCUGCGCGCCGCGGCCACCGGGGUACCCUAGCGCGGCUCGUCCGGGCCCUGCGCGGGCGGAGAACUAGCGGGGCUGCUGCGGCAGAGCCUGGAGAGGAGCCUCGUUUUGUUGACGCCUUUUGGGCGACCUCAGCCCCUCCCUCGACGCAGCCCGCGCUCCCCGUAGGGCCCGGGAUGCGGAGCCGUGAGCCCCGCCGGCCGCGGCUGGGUCCCGGAGGUGGCUCGCCCUCCACGCGCGGGGCGAGACCUCAAUAAACGGAGCUGGUGCUGCGGGUCC